CGACAUAACAAAUAAACAAGUCACAGUUGUAUUAAUGUCAGCUGAAAAUAUUAGGUACACGAGACUUCUCUUCAUAACUCAAUUCUACUGAAUUUCGAAUCUCGACUGAUGCAAAUCUGGAAUCCGUUUCCAAAUUCGCCAAUCACUCCAUUACCUUUCUGCCUAAAAAUCUUCAUUGCUCUUCAUAAAUGGGAUACACUAACACCAAUGAAAGUCAAAAUCUGGACGACCUCACAUCCCCCCUCACCAUGAAUCCCUCCGACGCCACCGGAAAAUCCUACUGGCGAUUCAGCAAGCAGGACUUCUUCCCCGAACCCUCCUUCCAGAACUCCGGCACCUACCUCGCCGCCCUCACCAAGACCCCCCUCCGCCUCAGAGACCGCCUCCUCGGCCGCACCUCCGAGGCCGACGAGCUCGUCGAGGCCAAGAAACAGUCCGAGAAUGAGAUGAAGAAGUGCCUCACGUGGUGGGACCUCAUCUGGCUCGGCUUCGGCUCCGUCGUCGGCUCCGGCAUCUUCAGCAUCACCGGCUUGGAGACACGCGACCACGCCGGCCCCGCCAUCGUCCUCGCCUACGCCGUCUCCGGUUUGUCCGCUCUUCUCUCUGUCUUCUGUUACACUGAAUUCGCCGUCGAGAUCCCCGUCGCCGGUGGAUCUUUCUCUUUCCUCCGCAUCGAAUUGGGGGAUUUCAUCGCUUUCAUCGCCGCCGGGAACAUCUUGCUGGAGGGGCUCGUCGGCGCCGCCGGAUUAGGGCGCUCCUGGUCGUCUUAUCUCGCUAGCCUAUUUAGCAGCAAUCCCGAUUUUCUGAGAUUUAGGAUCAAUUCCUUGGCUGAAGGGUUCAAUGUGUUGGAUCCUCUCGCUGUAUUGAUUUUGUUGGUUGUGAACGGAAUCGCGAUGACGGGAACGAAGCAUUCAUCGGUGCUGAAUUGGGUUAGCUCUAUCUUCAGCGCUGCUGUGAUUGUAUUCAUCAUUAUAUUCGGUUUCAUUAACGGGAAGAGCGAGAAUUUGGUCCCCUUCUUCCCCUAUGGCGCGGAAGGGGUGUUCACGGCGGCGGCCGUUGUUUACUGGUCGUACACCGGCUUCGACAUGGUGGCGAACAUGGCGGAGGAAGUGAAGAAGCCGUCGAGGGAUAUACCGGUUGGAUUGGUUGGGUCGAUGUCGCUGGUGACCGUGGUGUAUUGCUUGAUGUCGUUGGUGUUGGUGAUGAUGGUGAAGUACACCGAGGUGGACCGGAAUGCGCCGUACUCGGUGGUGUUCGAUCGGAUCGGGUUCAAAUGGGCCAAGUAUCUGGUCGGCAUUGUUGCUCUGAAAGGGAUGACGACGAGCAUGCUUGUGGGAUCAAUGGGGCAAGCUCGAUACACCACUCAGAUAGCUAGAUCGCACAUGAUCCCUCCUUUCUUCGCCUUGAUCCAUCCCAAGACAGGGACGCCCAUAUACGCCACCCUCCUCACCACCACGGUCAGCAGCGUGCUCGCCUUCUUCACCAGCUUGGACGUGCUUGCGAGCGUUCUCUCAUUCAGCACGCUCUUCAUUUUCAUGCUCAUGGCCGUGGCCUUGCUCGUGAGGAGAUACUACGUCAAGGAUGUCACCCCAAAGCGCGAUGUCAUCAAGUUCACGGCUUCCUUGCUCGUGAUCCUUGGAUCGUCUCUUGGGAUUACGAUUCUUUGGAGCUCCAACAAGAGGGGUUUGGUAGGAUACGUUGUGUGCGGAGGGCUGUUGGCGUUGGCGACGGCAGGAAUGGCCUCGACGUCGCAGCAUAGGACUGCCAAGGUCUGGGGCGUCCCUCUCGUUCCGUGGCUGCCAUCUCUGUCGAUUGCUAUGAAUAUUUUCCUGAUAGGGUCUCUUGGGACGACGGCGAUCUGGCGGUUCUUGAUAUGUAGCGCGGUGAUGGUGGUUUACUAUCUCUUGGUAGGAGUUCAUACUACUUAUGAUGUUGCUCAUUUGGAGGAAUGGAUGAAUAACAACUGAAAAUGGAAGAUGGACAUACGAAUCUAGGUGACCUAAAAUAUGACAUGGCAUCGCCGGACGGAAACCAAACCGAUGUCGUUUAGUUGGGGGGGUAAAACGACGUCGUUUUGAGCCCAAAUCUCUCUCUCUAUCUCUCAGUUGGGGGGUUGAGCUCGCCGAAAAAAUCUAUCUCUCUCAGUUGGGGGUCAAGUUCGCCGAAAAUCGAGCUCACCUGACAGUCGAGCCCAACCCAACCAUGCCUCCCAGAUUCCCAGCCUCCAAGACAUCAAGGUGGCGGAGCUAUUCCUUGGUGUAAGGCUCGAGGAUUUGGGAGAGAACCCUAAUUGCUUGAUCCAUGGAAAAAACCCCACUGCUCGAUCUAGGAGGCGGCGGAUCUGUGGGGGUGGUUGGUGGUAGCGUGAUCUGGUGAUGGUGGUGGGAGAGGAUGGUGGAGAGAGAGGGGGCUUGAUGCGACAGAACUUGCGGGGGCGGUUGGGGAAGAGGAAGGCGGCGGAUCUAGUGAUGGUGGUGGGUAAAACGACGGCGAAGCUCCUCAGAGGCAACUAGGGAUGGCAAUCGGGUACGACGGGUACGGAUAGUGACAAUCCAUACCCAUACCCACGAACUAAAUGGAUAGUGAUUUUUAACCACGAAACCAUCAAUGGAUAUCAAAUGGUAUCCAAACCCGCCACCCGAAGAUACCCGUUACCCGUCGGGUAUCCACGAACCCGCUACCCCUCGGGUAUUCGCCACCCGCUAUCCGUCGAAUACUCACCACCCACUAUCCGUCGGAUACCCGCCACCGACUAUCCGUCAGAUACCCGCCAUCCACUAUCCAUUGAAUAACCGUGAAAUAAAAUUUAAUUAUAAAUUUAUAACAAAUUUAUCGGGUAAUUGACGGGUAUUUCACGGAUAAUUGGCGGGUAUUUUAGCGGAUAUUUUUCGCGGGUAAACGGGUUUCACGGGUAUGGAUAGUAAGUAUCCAAACCCAUACCAACGAACUAAAUGGAUAGUGAAUUGCAACCACGAAACUAUCCGUGGAUAUCAAAUGCCUCUCAAACCCACCCUAAUAGGUUCGGGUUUUCGCGGGUAUCCAUUACACCGCGGAUAAAUUGUCAUCCCUAGAGGCAACAGAGUGAGAGAGCUGUGGUGGUGGGGGAGAGAGGCGGUGGUGGACGAUGUAUCGGAGGUUGGCUGGCGCGAGGUCUGGAACGGUGAUGCCAAGGGUGAAGAGGAAAAUCGACGUCUGGAAUGGCAGCGGCGGCAGUGAUAGAGGAGUGGAAGUUGAGGCAGUGGAGAAGAUGUCAUCCUCCGAAGACGGCGGCGGUGGAAGAACAGCCACAUGUGGUGGCGGCUGUAAUGGAGGGAGCCAAUGGCUGCCGGCGAUCCUCUUGUGGGGAAGAAAAUGGUUUUUUUUUUUUUUUGUUCUAAGUGUCAUUUUAUCAGUUUAAGUAGGCGCCAUAUCACCUCGGUAUUACUACGUAGGCGACAGGUCGAGCUCGGAGCUUCACCGAAGAAAAAAGCAUGAAAAAAUUAUUUAACCCUUUAAAUUCAAGAAUUGCUGAUAAAAAAAUCGUGGAAAAUUUAAAAAUUAGGGUAUAAUUCGUAAGUUUUGGGGUAAAGUGCAUGUUAUAUACUCCCUCCGUCCCGUUAAUAAUGGCACGUUUUCCUUUUUGGGUUGUCCCGCUAUUGAUGGCACAUUUCCUAUUUUGGAAAAAAUAAGGGAGUGAUUAAUGUUAAUUAAAAUCCUAUCCAACCAUAAUCUUAAUUAGCAUAUCAUACCCUAAUCUUUUCUCCCCCACCUAAUUUUUCACUUCUCGAUUCCCCACAGUCAGGCUCAUCCCUCAUCCUCUCUCUACUUCUCAUUUCCCAUCCGUCGUCCCUCCACCACCACCAACAUCGCCGCUUCCAGUUCGCAGCCUCCGUCCUCCUCUUUCCUCCACUGGUUCGUUUACCUCCACCCUCUCAUUUUCUCCACUGGUGUGCCGCCUACGCGCUCCCGUCUCUGUCGCCCUCACAGAGCAGAGAGAGAAAUAGAGAGCAGGACGGAAAGGGGUUUCAGGCGUGGCGAUAGGUGCGGCGGCAUCUCUCCACCUCCGCCAGAUCUAUGGCUCCUCCACUUCUGCCAGAUCUGCGGCGUCUCCUUCACUUCCGUCAAAUCUUUAGUUGGUCCUGGGUUUUCUUAAUUUUAUUCAUUUAGCUUUUGAUUCAAGUUCAGAGACCUGACUCCUGAGAACAAAUCAUCGGUGGAAAGAAAUCCUGAUUGAGAUGAUUAUGCUUGAAAUAUGAAUUUUGUGGAUGUCUGCUUCAUCGUUUAAAAUAAAUUGCUUAAAGAAACUUUUUUGCACAAGGAAAUUGUCAGAUCUUCAUCACAUUUCUGUUUUUUUGGGGUGGAGGGUGACGAAGAGGUGAAGGGACGACGGCGGCGCCACCGGCCUCGCCGGUGAUGAAAGCGCCGGCGACAGCAACAUCAUAAUAUUGGAUGGAUGAGAUUUUCUUUUGUUAAUAAUAUUUAAAAUUAAUUAAUCAUAACAUUAAAGAUGUGGGACAUACACUUUAUCUCCUAAUAUAUCUCUCCUUAAUACCCGUGCCGAAAAGAAACGAGCCAUUAAUACCGGGACGGAGGGAGUAUUGUUAUUUUUCUGUCGUUACUUUCUUGACCUUGGGUCCUUGACCAUAGAUAUGAUGAUUAUUUAUA